AAGUGUUGGCUCAUUUCUCGAGAUCUUUUUAGUGGUACAUCCGAACUUGCGCUGUAAAUCCAAUGAAGCGUAUCAUACAAGCGAUAUGUAAACAACCCACAGACACGCAUAUACGUAUACAGAAUUAGUGCGGAAUAAAGGUUUAUUCCCUUGACUAUUCGAUGACCGAUCGAUGAAAUAGUGUCGACCUAAGCAACUUGUGGUGUAUCGAUAUGUAAGUGCUACAAGAUGCGAACAAGCACCGAUACUUGAUGUUUGGAUGAGUAUAAGACGCGAGAUAAAAAGAGGAGUACGACAACAACCGCGACGAGAGCGGCCAGCCAGCCUCCAUCGCAUCGCCGUUCUCUUCGUCUUCAUUGUCUUCAUCAUCGAUGAACAUUAAUCUUCUCGUUCUUAGGUCUACGCUCGUUCAUCGUUACGUAUUUCACAAUCCAAGAAUGGUUGAUUCUAAUAUCUUGUGGAUUUCAAAAUACCGACGAUGAACCCACCGAGUUGGCUGUUGCCCGUGUACAUGCUCUUAUUACCUCUUCUUGUCCCGUACACCUUCAGCUACGAAAUCCUAAACAUUGAGGAUUAUUGUGAUGAGGAAAGCUAUGUGAAGCUCACCCAACACGACGGCAUGAUCAAGUUUACUGCACCCGCAAAGACACUUGUUCCCGCCAAUGGUAUCGGUUCUUGCGAUAUUACAUUCAAAGCACCAACCGGAAUGCAGAUAUAUCUCCAAUUCGAUACGCUAUACGCAUUGGCGGGAGAUUUAAAAGAAUGUGACUCCACGUGGGUGUCACUGAUUGGAGGAAAAGUGCCCGAUUUUUCCAACUUGCUUACUCCUCGGGAAGGACUGUGUGGAAACUACACGUCGCAAGUACCUGGUCCGUACACAACUUCAGGGAACUAUUUAAGAAUUAUUCUAAGACGAACAGUUCGCAAAGAUUUUGGACCGUUAAAAUUACGGAUACUUUUCAGCCUGUUUUGGGAUACGAAAUCACAAAUUGCUAAUAGACCUAGCUGUUAUGUAUGCGAUAACGGAACGAAGUGUAUCGACUACUGCCUACGGUGCAAUGAACGCAAGAACUGUCAGGAUAUGAGUGACGAAGAUUUGUCUCUAUGCGAUACAUUACGUGGAAACAACCCUCUGGAUUCAGUCACCACCUCACAAAUAGUUGCAAUAGUGUUUUCUAUCGGUGUUACUCUAAUAGUUUUAGCAGCUCUCCUCGCUUUCAAUACGAACGUUUUUCGCCUUCCGAAUCGCUGUCGGAAUUCACCAGACGAAAUGUCACCCAUGACGACCACCUCAAGUAUUGGCCGUCGUUUAGCAAUUCGAAGUUGUAGUAGCAACGAAGGUGGCUUUUGUUUUGGCAUUCAACGACCGCUGUAUGUUUCAAACGUUUAACCGGGCCGAUUAAGAAUAAAAACACGUAGAUUAGCAACAUGAGCGCCAAUACGCCCAGCUUGCGACAUCCAUUAAUGUUUCUACGACGAUUACUACGAGUGAAAUUUGUUCGUUCCGAUAUUAAACCUAAGACUAUGAUGCUAAUGAAACUUUGUGCCUUGAUGAGAAAUUGAGCUCAUUUGUCACGAACGACAGCAGAUUCAGAAACUUUUUUUAUGCUCACUUAAAGCAGUUCAUUUGCUCGCACUGUACAAGUAUUGAUGACUGAGACUGUAUAUUAUAUGCAAAUGAGAUUACGCGCUGCUCCCCACAGCCAACCAAGUACUGAGAGCUCGGAAUGUUGACGUUUAAAACGGACAGAAUAAUGACAGAACUCGAAAUUAAUGUUGACAUCAAUUAAGAGAGGGAGUCAGUUUAAGAGAGAGCCGCUUUAAUGCGAACGACGAUGACGGAGAAACAAAGCACAUUUGUAAGAUAAGCUACUGUUUGAUUAACUGAAAUAUUCAGCAAAUCAUUAAGCAUUUAUGUAGUGCUUUAAAGAACAAAACAGAAUAAAAAUACAGAUAUAAUUAUUAUAAAGCAUAUUGAUACCAAAGAUUGAGAAGUUGAUUAUGUACAGUAGGCCUAUUUAUUUUAUUUUUCUUUAGGUAUGUGUACAGCAAAUAUGUUCGAUAUUAGAAUUAUUUAAUUACAAUACUGGUAUUGAAUAUAGUGGUUUAAUGAAAUGUGGUAAAUUAAACAACCACAAUUCAAUAUGGUUUUUGAGAGACAGUGAAUCACCGAUUGACAAGUUAAUGUUUAAAACAACAAACCGGGGAGGUCUCUGUUUGCAUCCAUAAAUAAUUGAUUUUAUUUAAGAAGUUAAGGCAUUAACCGCUCGAUCUACACUAUCAAAUUUCCACAUUGUCAAUUUUGAGAAAAUUUUACCAUAUAUAGGCAUGAUUAUGUCAUAAUAUACCUAAAUAUGGGCAAAUUACAGGUGUAACAAACAUUUACAGUGUGGACAAUUAAGUAUGAAGCUUCAGCCAGUGGGAUUUGGUGAAUGUGUACCCGUUUUGCAUGUGACGCAAAUGAAUUGGUAGUAUUAUAGGUAUUUUAGUGAUGUGACAUUGAUGUUAAAUCACAUUGACUUUGAAUAAGAAAGUCCAUCAAUUGGCAUUACAUGUUGAUAGGUUGGAUGAGAACUCGCUUGUGUUUUUGCAAAUUAGUACAAUGGGUAAUAUGCCGGUUAAUGAUGAUGGUACCCAUAGCAAAAGAACAUUCGUUUAAAUUAUUUAUUAGUUGAAUCAUUACAGUAAUAAGGGAAGUGUCAUAAUUCAUGAACAUUACCAGAACAUGGAGGAGUUUAAUGAAUGACCUAUCCUCAAAAUGACAUUCCUAAAACAGUAUCACUAAUAAAUGGUUCUUUAUAUUCCCGAGGCAUUAUCGUUCGUCCCUACAUCACUAUAGAGGGCAGGCUACACGAACUGCCAAGUUCUCAAGGCAUCUCGUCAGCAGAAAUGUUCAUUUUUAAAAUAUUCUGUUUCUUGAGCUAAAAAAUAAAAUCAAAAUUAUUAUA